CCAACCAAAACCAACCGAAAAGCGCGGCGCACAUGGUUGAGUAAAAAUUAAAUAUAAAAUAGUUGCUCAAAAUUGUAAAAAUGGAUAAUAAUACAACAGAAAAAAAAGAACACUUUGUAGGCUCAAAUACUCUGGAUUCAUUUACAAAUAUAAUUCAAGAUGAUAAAGCAUCAAGAAUUAAUGGUGCAGUUGCAUUAAUCAAACAUUUGUCAAAUAAAAAAAAUGAAGAAGGACCAAGCAAAGAAUUUCAAUAUUCACUGAAAAGAUUGGUCAGAGGAUUGAGUGCAUCAAGAGACACAUCAAGAAUUGGUUUUUUUACAACACUAACAACAUACUUGAAGCUAAACCAAGAGACAAAAGUUGAUGAUUUAAUUCAAUUAAUGGAUGUUGAACUUAAGCCCAAUAAUAGCAAUGCAAAAAGUGAAAAUGCAAAUAUACAUCUUGGCAGGAUUCUUCUAUGUGGUGCAUUAAUUAAAUCAAAAAUUGUUGUUAAUUCAGAAGUAGUUGAUCAAUUAAAAAUAGUAUCAACAUUACUUGAAUCUGGUAGUAAAAGAAGUUAUCUAUCAUUUUAUUCAACAUCAUUUUUAGUUGAAUUACUUAAUGAUUAUGAUUCAAAAACACUUAAAGCAAAUAUAUGGCCAAUAAUUAAAAAAGAAAUUGGAAAAAAUUGGAAUGAACAAAGUCUUGAUACAUUAUAUAUUAUAUUUAUAAUGAAUGAUAAAUUUCCAAAACUUGUUAAUACAAAAUUUUUAAAUGAAUAUCUUGAUAAUGAUAAUAUAAUAUCAAUUGAUACAAUUGAUAGCUUGAUUAAAAUUGUAACAGAUAUACCAAGAAUUCAUUAUUGUCAUCAUCCAUUGUAUAAAAUUUUAUGUGAAAAAUUAGUAGCAUCAAGCUGUCUUGAUAAAUUUUGGUCAUGUAUUGAUAAAAAAUUUGAUAAACCAUCAAAAACAAUGGAAUUUUUAUCACUUGAAUUAUUAAAUAUAUUAGUACCAAUGAUUAAUGAUAAAUCGAUAAUAUCAUCAUUAAUAUCACCAAAUUUUAUUCAAUACAUGUUGAAAAGAUUUAAUGGUUCUAAAAAAAAUCGUAAAGAUGUUAUUGCAAAUUUAUUUCGUAAAUUUUUUAGUAAUAUUGUUGUUGCAUUGAAUGACAAAGAAUUAUCAUCAAAAGUACCAAUUGAUAUUAUUAAAAAACUUAUAAUAUAUCCAGGUGAUUUGAUGAUUGAAAAAAUAACUGGUACAAAAAUAUUACAAAUGAUAACAUCAAAUUUAAAUGAUAAAUCAGUUAAAAAAUUAUCAAAAGUAUAUCAUGAAAUAGCACUAAAUUCAUUGCCAAAAAUAAUUAAUGAAAAACAAGAAAAUUGGAUAAAUGCUGAACGUCUUUAUGCUGGACAAUUAUUAACAAAAUUACUUGGUCAUUCAUCAGUUAAUAAUGAACAUACAUGGCGUCUUGAACAACUUAAAUUUUUAUUUAAUAGUGGUUUUUGUGAAAUGGAAAAUAUUGGUGUUGAAUUGGCAUCCCAAUAUCGUGAUAUGUUUUAUCGUUCACUUGAUCAUAAAUUACCAAAACUUGAUGAUUUACGUGAUGUAUUAACAAAACUUGUUGAUUAUAUUAAUGAUAAUGUUAUUAUUGAAAAAAAUAAAAUUUUAAGAACACCAAUGAGUGAUGAAGCAAUUGAAGCAUGGAAUAAAAUGAUAACAUUUAUUAAAAAACCAGAAAGUGAUUUUAAAAAUAAACAUGUCAUAUUAAUUUUCUUUACCAUGGAAUUAAGUAUGGGUUUACAUUUAUUCUUUGAUACUGAAUUGGCAAUAUCAUCAAUAAAUGAAAUACAAAGUUGUUCUGAGCGUUUAAUGACGAAAAAAAUUAUUAAUAAUAAAAAAAAUAAAAAAGAAACAACAACAAAUGAUACAAUUAAUGGUGAUGAAGAUGAACCAGAAUGGGUUGAAGUUAUUGUUGAUUUAUUAUUAUCAUUAUUAUCAAGAAAUAAUCAUUUAUUACGUUCACUUGGUAAAUGUGUAUUUCCACAUCUUUGUCCAGAGUUAACUUCAUCAUCAAUACAUCAAAUUCUUGCUGUAUUAGAUCCAAAAGAUGAAAGAGGUCCACUUGUUAAUAAAAAUUUUGAAGAAGAUGAUGAAGAUGAUGAUGAUGAUGAUGAUUCAGAUAAUGAUUCACAAUCUGAUGAUACUGAUGAAGAUGAAGACAAUGACAACGAAGGCGAAGAAGAAGAAGAAGAAGAUGAUGAUGAUGAAAAUCAAGCAACAUCUGAUGAUGAUGAUAAUGUUGAAGAAGAAGAAGAUGACGAGUCUGAUGAAGAUGAAGAUGAUGAUGAUGACUAUGAUGAUGAAGAUGAAACAGUUACUGAUCGUUUGAAGGAAGCACUUCAUCAAGUACUUGGUGCAUCAGCUCAAACAGAUAAUGAUGACAAUGAUGAUAUUGAUAUUGAUGAAAUUGACGAGGAAGAAGGUAAACGUCUUGAUGCCAAAUUAUCAGCAGCAUUUAAAAUAUUACGUCAAAAUCGUCGUAAUCAAAAGAAAAAACAAAAAAAAACAGCUGAAGCAUUGACACAUUUUCGUGUACGUGUUAUUGAUUUAUUAGAAAUUUAUAUUGAUUGUGGUCCAUCAAUGGCAAUUGCAUUGGAUAUGCUUGUGCCAUUAUUUGCAUUACUUGAAUUUAGUAUAAAAGAUCAACAUCAAAAACCACUUGAAAAUCGUGUUAGAAGUUGUUUAAAAAAAUUAUCAAAUGUUAAAAAAUUUAAAGAUCAUGAUGGUGUUGAUGAAACAUUAAUAUCUGAUAUGGCAAAAUUAUUAAUAUUAAAAGGUGAAAGAUCAACAUCAAUUUGUCAAGAAAUGGGUGAUAAAUUAGCUCAAUGUUGUACAUUUUUAAUAAGAUGUACACAGCAAGCUGGUUUACCACCAUCAACACUUGUUGAUAUUUAUAGUGAAAAUUUAACAUCAUUUUUCAAAAAACGUGAUUGUAUAUUAUCUGCUGUUUUAUUUAGAAGUGCAUUACAAUUAUCAUGGACUGGUACAUGGCAAUUAAUACCAAGUAUUAUUGAUUUUGCAUUUGAUAAUACAACACGUUCUUUUAGACGUGGACAAGCACUUGAUCUUUUAACAGUAUUUUAUCAUAAUCAUAGAAUGAUUACAAGUGAAGAACAUCAAUCAUUACGUGAAAAAUUGGAAGUUAAAUUAUAUAAUUAUUCAUUAAAUUGGUUUAAAGAAUUUAAUGAAUCACAGCUAUCAACAAAUGAUGAUAAAAAAAAUACUUGUAUUGGCAAAGAAGCUAGACAAAAAUUUGUUUGUUUAUUAUGGACACUUCUUAAAGCUGUACAUUCACGUCAUAUUAAAAAAGCAUGGAAUUGGAAAAAAAUUGGUGAUGCUAUGGUUGAAUACAGAAAACAAGUAUCAUUAUCAAAUGAUGCCAAGAGUGCAUACAAUAAAUUGGCACAAGCAAUUGGUGCUCCAAUAAAUAUCAAAACAAUAAUUAAAAAUCCAACAACACCAGCAGCAGCAGUAGCAGCAAUAAAAACAACAGAAAAUGGUGAUGCUACCGCUAAUGACAAGGACAAUGAAUCAGAUGAUGAGGAUGAUGUUGAUGUUGAUGUUGAUGAUAAAAAGAAAAAUAAAAAAAAUCAUAAAAAUAAAAAUGAUGUUAAAAAACAAAAAAAAGAAGCUAAACAAUUAAGAGCCAAGGCAAUGGCUAAAGGUUUUGAGGAUGUUCAUUUUGUUGAUCUUGAUAUAUUAAAUGGUGAUAAUGAUAAUGAUGAUGCUGAUGAUAAACAAGAAGAAAAUAUGGAAAUACAAAAUGGUAAUAAUGACAAUAAUGAAACUGAAAAUAUCAUUGAUGAAAGCAAUGAUGAUACAUCAUCUAAAAAACGUAAAUCAGUAACAUCAUCUGAUGACACUCCUGUUAAAACAAAAAAAAAGAAAAAAACACAAAAAUAAAUAACUAUUUUUGUCAUUAGUUUUUAAUUAUUAUUUUUUAUAUUCAUUUAUGUAUAAUAUAAAUAAAUUUACAAAUGAAAAUAAUAAUAUAUUU